ACCAAAACACUGGCUGCUGAAGCUCCACCGCCGUCCUUCUCUAAAGGAUAGAACAGGAUUCAUGUGGAGAACCUUACUACUGAAUUAAUACCUCAGGACUUACUGCUCACCUUCCCUCCCAUGAGAGGCCAUGUGGCGGCAUCCCUGUGAGGAUUUCAGGGUUUCAGGAGUGAAGUACUUCUCCCGCCAUGAAGGAGAGGUGAACUGCUGCUCGUUUUCUCCGGACUGUCAGAUCCUCCUCACCUGCUCGGAUGACGGUGGGCUUUAUCUGUGGAGAGCAGCGACCGGGAAACUCCUGGCUAAAGUGCGCGGACAUGCAGGGCCGGUGAAAUGCUGCGUUUUCUCCAAGGACGGCCGUUUCUUCGCAAGCGCGUCUCAUGACUGCUCCGUUGGAAUCUGGCUCACUUCAAGCGUUGAGCGCGUACGUGCACUGACAGGCCACGCACGGAGUGUAGAGACGGUGAGCUUCAGCGUGGACAGCAAGUGGCUCGUGUCAGGGGGGUGGGACAACACGGCUCUACUUUGGGACACUGAGACUGGGCUGAAGAUGAGGGAGCUACUGGGUCACAGUGCUGCUGUCCAGAGCAGUGCGUUCUCCACCGACUCACGGUUUCUGGCCACAGGCUCUUGGGACCACUCAGUGAAACUGUGGGGUCUCAGUGGUGAUAAGGAGGUGGUAACAUUGGAUGGGCAUCAGGGAAACGUGGCCUGCCUCUGCUUCUCCACCACCGGGAUGCUGGCGUCCGGGUCGUGGGACGGGACCGUGCGCGUGUGGUCACCACAGAGGCGCGUGUGCGUGUUCGUGCUGGGCGGGGGUGACCGUGCCUGGGUCAGGUGUGUGGUCUUCUCCAGAGAUGGACUGGUGCUGGCGUCCACAGCUGAAGGGGACACGGUGAAAAUGUGGGACAUGGCUGACGGCAGGUGCCUUAAGCGUUUACAGGGCCACAAGGACUCUGCGUAUGGGUGCGUAUUCAGCCCCAGCGGUGCGCUCCUCACCACUGGCUCUGACCAGCUGGACCUGGGAGAAGAGGAGGACGAAGAUAGCGGAGAACAAGAGGAAGAGGACCAAGAGAAGAAGAAGCAGCCUGGACGAAGACAAGGGGUCAAACACGGAGAGGAGAGACCAGGCCAGGCCGGUCAUGCCAACGCUCCUUUCUGGGAACCUUCAGGUCCGUAAUGACGUCUGGACGACAGUAGGAUGAGUCUCAUUGGUCGGGCGCUCCACCCACCAGAUGGUCAACCCUGCCCACGCUUACAGUCAUGUGCAAAAGUUUGGGGACCCCUGGUCGAAUUCCAUGUCCUGCUGAAGUUAAAACACACUUCACCUCCGGCACAUUUUACUGCAGUUACUGUCGGUUUGCUGAAUUUAACGUUGGAGUGAAACAGAAACACAAAGUGUGGCCUGUGCAAAAGUUAUGGCACAUUUUAUAUUCGUUUCUCGUUAGAUUCAGCAAAUAACUGGGAAUUCUUCUGGAAAAAUACCACAUGGAAGUGUGUUCUCUGUAAAGGACGUGUUAUUUUCGCUCGGAAUUUCAACAGGGAAUUUAACAGGAGUGUUCAGACGUUUGUUUACAGCUGUAUCUCUACAAACUAUUCGGCUUGUUAGGUGAAAAUAAUGAACGUAUGACACAUUUCUGCUCUUCUCGAAUGUCGUGACUGGCUCAGGAAGUGGGGCUCAGGAUAUUGUGAUUCGACUGAGCGUCAACGCUUAAUAAAAGCAAGUGAAGAAAAA